UGUAGUUUCUCUAAUCUGUGUGAUACUUGUUGUUUUGUUUGCGCGCGAAUAGAAAAGGAGAAGAAAUGAAAAUAUACAUAAAUAUCUAAAAAUCACAAGAAAUGUUCGAAUCAAAUGAAUUAAGUGGCUUGAUACCUGAAAAUGAGGAUGUUGACCAUUUAUCAGUUUUAAAUAAAUCUUCAUUGCAACAAUAUCAACUUUCUCUGCAAAGUGAGUUUAAGCUGUCAUCCAAAAUUCUUGAUGAUGUUUGGAAAGCCAAUGAGGAAUUAUUAAAUGGAGAAGCCAUGGAUAUAAUAACAAACACAGUUCAUGGGCUUCUUCAAAAUGCAAAUAUGAACAAGAUGAGUACAUGGAAAAGUUCAUUAAAUGACCUCCCAGACCCUUUAUUUCUAUUUGAGAAACACUUGCCACCUUGUACUCACUGCAGCCAAGAUUCAAAAACUACAAGCUUGGAACAGUUUAACAAUAGAGUGUGCACAUGUAAUUUAGGAGUAAAGGAGCCACUGAAUAAAACUCAUAAUGCAAUAAUUGAGAACAAAGAUUUUAUGAAAACUGUAGAUUCUAACACUGAAAGUCAAAAUAUGUUGACUGAGGUUUGUGAUGGGGAUAGACAGAAACAGGGUUUUAAACCAAAAUUCGGCAGAGUUAGGCCUGUAGUUAAAAGUAUGCUGCAGCCUCCAGUUCCCAAAUGUCCUGUAAUAGAGGACAUUGCUCUUGAUAAGGAAGAAGAUGAAGACAAAGUUCAUAAGAGUAAUAUAGCAAAAAUUACAUUCAAAACAGCUAAGGAACAACUGUUGGCGUCUAAUCCAGCUGCUAAGAGGACUCUGGGAGCAUCAAGGAAGGCUCAAGCUAAAUUUGUCUCACCAAUGAUUGGAGUACAGGAUAAACAAGGAACACAAGAGCCAGAAGUAACAGAUGAAAGACUCAAGCACAUAGACCCCAAAAUGAUAGAGUUGAUUGAGAGUGAGAUUAUUGACAAAGGGACACCUAUAGGCUGGGAUGAUAUAGCUGGUCUCCAAAUGGCUAAAUCUGUAAUCCAAGAAGCGGUGGUGUGGCCGCUGUUACGCCCGGAUAUAUUCACUGGAUUGAGGCGACCGCCUAAGGGAAUACUGCUGUUUGGACCACCUGGCACCGGGAAAACGUUAAUUGGUAAAUGUGUAGCGGCGCAAUGCAAUGCAACCUUCUUCAGCAUUUCGGCGUCAUCGCUCACCUCCAAGUGGAUAGGAGACGGUGAGAAGAUGGUACGCGCCCUCUUCGCUGUUGCUCGAUGUCACCAACCCGCGGUCAUAUUUAUAGAUGAAAUAGACUCGCUACUCACACAGCGCAGUGAUUCAGAACACGAGGCAACUAGAAGGAUCAAAACAGAAUUUCUGGUGCAAUUUGAUGGUGCAGCCACUGGAGACGAAGAUCGUCUGCUAAUAGUGGGCGCCACAAACAGACCACAAGAGCUAGAUGAAGCGGCACGCCGACGCCUCGUCAAGCGACUUUACAUACCUUUGCCUGAUGUAGAUGCUCGUGAACAAAUUAUAAAGAACCUACUUAAAAAUGAAAACAACGAUUUGACGCCUCAACACGUAUCCGAGAUAGCUCGCCUGACGGACGGCUAUUCGGGCGCCGACAUGAAGUCCUUGUGUUCCGAGGCGGCGAUGGGACCUAUAAGAUCGGUGCCGCUGUCACAGAUCAUCAGCAUUGAUAGAGAAAAAGUUCGGCCAGUAAAUGUUAAAGACUUCAUAAACGCUCUUCAAAGAGUGAGACCAAGCGUGUCGCAAGAUGACUUGGGGCAAUAUGUGAAGUGGAACAACACAUACGGCCAAGGGGUCUAAUAAAUUAUAUACCUAAUAUAA